UUUAGGACAAGAGAAACUAGAAUGACGAGUUCAUUGUUUACUAAAUUAUAAUGCUAGAACCGGUAUGAUCUUCCUUAUAAAUAAAUGGAAAAUAGACAUAAAAGCGUAUCAAUAACCCAAUGGUUGUAUGUGACAAGUCUAGUAAAAUUACAAUACUAUAUGUCUUGUAUUGUUUAAAAAAGAGCGCUAGUGUUACUCGUGCGUUCUAUUUAAGUGCUAAUGCUUUAUUAUUCCGAUCUAUUUUUCCACGGUUACUAUUAAAAGGUAAUUUAAUGCGUAUGUAACAUCUAGAUGUUAAAUGAGAGUCAUAGCGGAAGUUCAUUUAUCGCGGUAGAGCGUGCGCAUUAGUAGUUUGUAUUUCGGAUCGAGAAUUACAACUCGCUUAUCUUAUCGGUCUGUGAUCAUAAUUCAUUCGUAACAUCUGUCAAAAGCAGGAGCAUUACUAAUAUUUAUAAUUUGUUUUUGAACUCCUCCCAUUCCUCAUCUAAUAUCAAUAUUUUUGUGGACUAAUUUCAAAAUGGAAUCAAAUAUUUGGAUAAGAAAAUGGCAAACACUGAUACAUCUGAUUCAGAAGAAUAUGUAUCAUUAAGAAAACGAAAAAUGGUACCCAGAGCUAAUAUUUCUUCAGAAAACCCUUCUUUUGUAUACAAAGAUAUUGUUUAUCCAGAUACUAUUAGCAGGGUUAAUGAUGACAAUUGGUCUGAUGGCAUAGAAUUAAAUUCUUUAUCCAACAGUGUGUCUUUGGAUAAAUUAAAUCAUAAAGAGAAACAUUUAUCUCUAAAUUAUGAAGAUAAGAAAGACCAUGAAAGUGAAGACAAUGAAUUUGAUCACAAACCUCUCCUAAAAAAGGAAGGAACUGUAGAUGUUGAAAUAAAAUCAAGUGGAGAAGAAUCAUUAUGGAGUAUUGCCUUUCAAGUGUUCAUACCUUUUCUAAUUGCAGGAUUUGGAACUGUUGGUGCUGGACUUGUUUUAGAUAUAGUUCAACAUUGGGAAGUGUUUCAAAAAAUCUCAGAGGUAUUUAUUUUGGUACCUGCAUUACUUGGAUUAAAAGGAAAUUUAGAAAUGACUUUAGCCUCUCGUCUUUCUACCCAAGCAAAUUUGGGAAAUAUGGAUACUUUGAAAGAACAAUGGAAAAUGGCUAGUGGAAAUUUAGCAUUAAUUCAAUGCCAAGCAAUAGUAGUAGGGUUUUUGGCUUCAUUAUUUGCUAUGGUGAUGGGAUGGAUUCCAGAAGGAAAAUUUGACAUUAGUCAUGCCAUUCUGUUAUGUGCUAGUAGUGUAACAACCGCAUCACUUGCUAGUUUGAUUUUAGGAAUUGUAAUGAUAGCUGUAGUGAUAUUUUCUAGAAGAUGUCACAUUAAUCCUGAUAAUGUUGCUACACCAAUUGCAGCAUCUCUUGGGGAUCUAACUACUUUAUCUCUGUUAUCGGGUAUUAGUAGCCUCUUGUACAACAAAAUAGGACCAAGCCCAUUAUUAGCUCCAUCAAUUGUUAUUUUCUGUUUACUUUUAAUACCAGUUUGGUCUUUUAUUGCUUGUCAUAAUAAAUAUACUCAAGAAGUAUUAUAUUCAGGAUGGACACCUGUAAUUAGUGCAAUGGCUAUUUCUAGGUAUUUAUAUUACAUAAUUUAAUUGCAUAUUAUUUUAUUAUUUAGUAAUUUAAGCUAUUUUGAGAAAACCAUCAGUGGUGUUGGUGGUAACUUGGUAGCUGUACAAGCAAGCCGAAUUUCAACAUCACUCCAUCAGACAGCUAAAUUAGGUUCAUUACCACCUAAUGAUUCCAAAUUAUGCAUAAAUUUUUUUUCUGCAUUUUUUGGUAAAAGUAGUCAUUCAAGGACAGCAAGAGUAUUAUUAUUAAUGGUUAUCCCAGGACAUUUAAUUUUUACAUAUGGUAUCCGAUUUCUUAAAGCGGGUCAUACAUCAGUCACGCCAAUAUUUCUUGUAAUAUAUUUAUUUGCUGCAUUUCUACAGGUCUUGAUGCUGUUGUAUUUUGCUCAUUGCAUGGUAUAUUGGAUGUGGAGGCGUAAAGUAGAUCCAGAUAAUUCAGCAAUACCUUAUUUAACUGCUUUAGGUGAUUUAUUGGGUACAGCAUUACUGGCAUUGGCAUUUAUGUUUUUAUACAGUAUUAGUGACAAAGAUGCAGAUGUUGGAGAUUAAUUUUAUUAUGUUUUAACACUAUUUUUUUUAGUGAUAAAUUACUGUAUUUUCUUAAAAUUAAGAUUUUAUUUUUCAUUGAACCAUCUAGUUUUAGCAUUUUAUUUAAU